AAAAACCAUCGAUCGGAUCACCUCUGACCUCAUCCAUUUUCCACUCCUCCAAGCUGAGAAGUUUGUAAAUAAAUUGUAGCGUGGAGAUCUCCGGUAGAUAUUAGGCAUAUUUAUUAGCAAGUAGACGCUGUAGAUAUCCUGGAACAGUACUGGAGGUAGCAAACGAAUACACCCAAGAGAAGAGUGUAUUUUUUGUUAACUACUGUUCAGUUUAAUUGUCGAAAAUCGAUAGUUUUCAUGUGGAUCACUGGUACUGUUGUUUAUAGACUGCCAUAGCGACUAUCUGAAUCAAGUGACUCUCUGCCUUAUACGACCAUAUUAAGUCCCUCCCAACAUAAUUUUCUAUAUGAACACCCUUCAGGGACAAGCAAGUUAAUUAGGACUUAUCAUCACCAUGGUAGUUGAAAGACGACUCUUUUUAUUAGUGAUUCUUCUCCUUUCAAUGAAUAAUUACGCUAAUGCUGGAAAAGAUAAAGAGUACAUCCAGGAAAUAUCAACUGGGAAAGAGAUUGUGGGAGAUGGCAACUGUUUCUACAGGUGCUUGUCUGUUUAUCUUCAUGGACACCAAAAUGAACACAGUACAAUAAGGGAGAACAUCAUCUGGUAUAUGUCCGGUGGCGGUUGCGAGUCUGAGGCGGAAAAUGAAGAAAGGUCACGUCGUUACGGUCGAUUGAUGCAUAACACACGCCAAAGUUACGAGGAUUACUUAAGGCUCCACAGUAAUAGUGGAGAGUGGGCUGAUGAACCAAUCAUUCAAGCAGCUGCCGACUUGUAUGGUUUCAAUAUUUACGUCAGUUCAUAUGGAAACUCUGGAGUCAGUCAACUCGUAAGGGCAACCUCUGAACAACUGCAACAUGAUAGCAGCAGACUGCUCCACUUAAGAUUGGAGAAUUCUCACUACACCUGCAUCGAACAUGAUUGUCAAACAGACUCUGUGCCUUCAGGUGACUUUAUUGAGAUGCCAGUCGUUAUAGACUUUGGAAAGCAAAAUGGAGCUGAGCGAUAUGAAGAUAGCCUUGAUGUUUUGGACUACAGCAAGACUGUUGGUCUUCCAAAGACUGUUGGAGAUGAAAAACCAAGCAAUGCAGGGAUUGACCCAUUCAACAUGGAAGAUCUUGAAAGUAAGCUUCCUGUGACAUAUCCAAAGAAGAAUGAACGCCAAAUUGACUAUGAAGAUGACAUAGAUUAUUUGGACAGCAGCAGGAGUAAUAUUCUUCCAGAGACUGUUGGAAUUGAGGAAUCAAGGGAAAAGAAUGACGAAAAUUUUGACGGUUUUGAAAAUCUAGCGAAGAAAAAGAGGAUCAGUACUGUGACAGAAGUUCGAGACAGAGAGCUUGAGAAUCAAAAAGAUGAAGAUCUUGAAAACAAGUUUUGUUUGAUUGAUACAGAAGAGGAGGAACCUAUUGAUUUGGAAGAUCCUCCAAAAGACAAUGAAGACCACCAGCUGCUCCCUGAAUAUGCUGACGUCACCGAACUGCUGAACGAAAGCAUCAGUGAAAGUUGUCCUAUCAAUACAAGUGUUGAAGAUAAAACUCCUAAGCAAGAGUUCAUUCGGUGCAGAGACAGAGAGCAUCUUACAGAGUUGUGGCAAAAUGGACAGGUGGCCUUUGGAACUGUUUGCAGAGUGCUUAGGAGAAGUCUUUUUUGUAAUUAUUCCCAUUAUUUUAUGUUUUUGGACAUCUGGCCACUGGCAGAUAGUUUUGACAUUGUACAUUUAGCUAAAACCUACAGUUUGAAGAUAAUUUGUAAAAUCAUUAAUGUUAGUUGUGCAAAUGGAAGCAAUUCUUUAUUUGAUUUUCAAAAUGGUUUAGAGAUUGAAUGUUUGAAUUCCCCCGUUAGUAAUAAUCAGAAAAAAGAAAUGGUGCGUAGGUUGUUUGAAGUUUUAUCUUGUCCAUAUCUAAACUAUAGUUUGACAUCGGAAGAUGGUUUUUACUGUGAAUCUCUCAUUAGUUACAUAAAAACUGGGGAUAAAACAUUUUUUGAAGUAACCGGUUUUCGAGAGCAUUAUCCUGUUAAGGGUCCUAUAAUAAUUCAUUCUGUAAACUUGUUUGCUUAUUUAACUUCAUUAGGUAUUAAUGCUUUUAGAGUGCUAAAAAAUAAUGAAUACGAUGUCAUAAAUGCUAAUAAUGAAUUCGAAAUUAUUUUAUGGCUUCUAUCCAGAGUUUCGUUUGCAAUUGUAAAUAGUCAUAUUGAAAAUAAUGAUAAUUAUCUUUAUCAUUAUUAUUAUCAGAAUUAUAUUGAAAAUAAUGAUAAUGAUGAUAAUAACAAUAAUAGUUUCAAUAAUAAUAAUAAUAAUAAUGGGGAUAAAACUGAUAUUUGAUGAAAAGAAUUCAUAAUAUAAUUGAUAAUAUUAAUAGUACUAUAAUGGGGAUCCAACUGAUAGGUGAUAAAAAAAUAAUAACAAUAAUGAUAUUAGUAAUGAUAUAUGCAAUAAGAAUUUUAAUGAUGUAAUAAUAAUGUAAAAUAAGAUAUUCUUUAUUACUUUCAUAUCAGUGGAGAGUAUUUAUGUACAUAAACAUCAGUGAAAAAUUAAACUAUAAAGUGAUAAAAAAUUAUUUUGUAGUUGAGAUUUAUGAAAUAAUCCGUAUUACAUAAUCCUGUACAUUUAUUGUUUGCUUUCUUGAUAUAUGAAAAUAUUUGAAAUAAAUAAUGGAAAAUUGUAUUAAAUUUGUUUCCUUGCUUUAUAUCUACAGUUAUUAACAUAUUUCUCUAUAUUUCAUCUGUCUUUUAGAAAAUCCCAUGUAUUACAACUUACUUUAAAGACAUUUCCUAUGUUUUGACAUUUAAUAGUGUCUGCUAUGGCUAUUUAUAUAAGUAUCACUAAUUGUGCUCUCAUAAUGAUUACUUAAUAUGUAUUAUGUAGGUUGCUCUUGCAAUUCUGCAUCAUGUUAAUCGAAUUGAUUUGAUAAAAUUUAAAAUUUUCAACAA